GUUUUCUUACUGCUAAAGGAGAACUGGUUAGAUCAAUUCUAUUUUCCAAACCACUGGAUUUUAGGUUCUACCAAGACUCCGUUCGCUUUGUUCUUGUCCUCUUCUGUAUCUCUGCUUUUGGCAUGGUGUACACUACCUAUUUAUAUAUUCAGAGACAUGCAACAUUAAGGAAAACUAUUAAUAGGGUAUUGGACAUUAUUACCAUAGUAGUACCUCCAAUCUUACCGGCAGCCAUGACAGUUGGAACAGUUUACGCACAAAAUAGACUCAAGAAAAGUGGCAUCUUCUGUGUCAGUCCUCCAAGAAUCAACGUUGGAGGGAAGUUAAAGCUUGUCUGCUUUGAUAAGACAGGAACUUUGACAGAGGAAGGAUUAGAUCUAUGGGGAGUAAUUGGAGUAGAAAAUGGAAGGUUUCAGGGUAUGGUUCAUGAUCUUAUUCAUCCUUGUGUUCCCAGGUUUCAGAGUAUAGUUCAUGACUUUAUUCAUCCUUGUGUUCCCAGGUUUCAGAGUAUGGUUCACGACUUUAUUCAUCCUUGUGUUCCCAGGUUUCAGAGUAUGGUUCAUGACUUUAUUCAUCCUUGUGUUCCCAGGUUUCAGAGUAUAGUUCAUGACUUUAUUCAUCCUUGUGUUCCCAGGUUUCAGAGUAUGGUUCACGACUUUAUUCAUCCUUGUGUUCCCAGGUUUCAGAAAGGGGAGUUGAUUGGUGAUCCUUUGGACAUAACGAUGUUUACUGCUACUAAAUGGGUAAGCAUUAAAGUAGAAGGGGAGUUGAUUGGUGAUCCUUUGGACAUAACGAUGUUUACUGCUACUAAAUGGGUAAGCAUUAAAGUAGAAGGGGAGUUGAUUGGUGAUCCGUUGGACAUAAACAUGUUUACUGCUACUAAAUGGCUUCUUACACAACCAGGAAGUUCUAAUGAUACACUAGAACCGAGUGUGGUUAAGCCAAUGCAUCAAGAGAUGUUUCAACCAGAAGUUGAAACCAAGGUUCCAUAUGAGAUUGCCAUUAUUCAACAGUUUCCUUUCUCUUCAGCUGCUCAAAGAAUGAGUGUAAUAUGUAGAACACUUGGAAAACCCAACAUGGACUUAUAUGUCAAGGGUGCACCAGAGAAGAUAGCUUCUCUUUGUUUAAAGAACACCU